CAAUAUCUCGAAAGUUACCAAAAUGCAAAUGCGUUGUUUAUUACAAGUAGGGCUGAUUCGUACUCAAACCAUUUGUCUCGAUGAGUGGCUUUGAUUUACAGUAUUCAAUGUAGUUUUCAUUACGGUUAUAUUUAGCUUAGUAGCAGUAGAGCUUCUUGUGAAAGAGUUCAUUCAGGGUAGUACUGCCACUUUACCUAUUUCUGCCGCCAAAGCAGUUAUGUUGGCGUUACUGCGAUCCGGUUUUGAUGGGUAAGGGAGCUCGUGAAAUACAGCCACAGGGGACUUUUCAACUAUGUGUCAAGAUAAUGAAGCUCUUCGUCGUAAUAGCUCUCACAUGCUGUAUAGCAGCAACGUGGGCCAAACCUGGCUCCACAUACACUGACAAAUGGGAUCACAUCAAUGUAGAUGAAAUCUUAGAAUCCGAUCGCCUGCUUAAAGGUUACGUCGAUUGUCUUUUAGACAGAGGACGAUGCACACCUGACGGUAAAGAACUUAAGACCACUUUACCAGACGCCCUCGAACAUGAGUGUUCGAAAUGUACGAAAAAACAAAAGGAAGGUUCGGAUAAAGUCAUAAAACACCUAGUCAACAGACGCCCAGACCUAUGGAAGGAACUUUCUCAGAAGUUUGACCCUGAGAAUAUUUACCAGGAAAGGUACAAGGACAAAAUUAAUGCUGCUAAGGCAUAAAAGGAAGUAACAAGAAUGUUCUUAGGUAAUGUCUAGGGAAAUUGAAUUUGUGUGUAUUAGUUCCAUUAAAGGCGGUUUUGUAGAGAUUACACUACUAAAUACAACCAUUAAAUACAAACGCCCUUGGUUAUU